GAAAUCCCAAAAAAUCGGCUCUUACCACAUUUUCCCGCCUAGCACAUCUAUCUACCCACCACCACAAAAAGCAGAGUCCAUCGAAAAUGUCCAAUGAAGCGAACCGAGAAUUAGCUAGAUUAUGGCGUGUUUCCCGAACCGUCCACGAGAUGGUUAGAGAUCGAGGGUACUUGCUUGCCGAUUAUGAGAUCAACGUUUCGUUCGAAGAGUUCAAGGACAGGCAUGGUGCGACUGGAUCUGUCGACCGUUCCAACAUGAGCUUCGAUGCCAUUCACGAGAACGACAACACCGACAAAAUCUUUGUGUACUUUUGCGCGGACAAGAAUGUCAGCAAGGCUUCUAUGAAGACUUUUAUUGGUUCUAUGGACAAGAUGGGUGCUAGGCGAGGAAUCAUCAUCUGGAGUGAAAAGAUGUCACCGGCGGCCAAAAAGACAUUACAAGAAAUGCAGUCCGAGUAUCACCUCGAAGAUUUCCCAGAAUCCGACCUUCUCGUCAACAUCACCAAACACUUCCUCGUCCCCAAGCACACCGUCAUGAAGCCUGAAGAAAAGUCUGCUCUCAUCAAGCGAUACCGGUUGAAGGAGACUCAGUUACCACGUAUCAUGAUCACCGAUCCCGUGGCCAAAUACUACGGCUUGAAGAGAGGACAGGUUAUGAAGAUUGAGCGAGCGAGUGAGACUGCUGGACGGUACAUUACUUACCGUAUUUGCAUGUAAAGAGGUUUUGGUAGAUGACAGUAAAGUAGUUUCGGGAUAUGGAUUUGUUUUCAUCUAUUAUUGCAUGAUAUGUAUAA